AUGUCGAUAUGGUUGGAUGAACUCAAGGUUAAGGGCGCUAAGUCCACUGUGGGGAAACUGUAUAAUAUUCUCAACGAUCUAACACAACCGACUUACAUUCCGAUUGAUAAUCUGCCUAAGAACGCCAGGCAUCUACACUACUCAUGGGUUGAUGGGAAUGCGUUUAAAAGCAUGGCAUUAGAGAUAAGGAAACAACAGCAACGAGCUCGGAGUAAAAGGGCGAUGAAUGAUAAAGUCGAUGAGGCUAAUGAUGCUUACGGAGCUCCUUUUAAGGACGAGGUGGAGAGCAGCUUACCUAAGUAUGGCAAAUAUUUGCUCAUGAUGACAAAAUAA